GUUCUUUUGUUUAUUCUUUUUUUCGUUUUCACUUUGGUUUUGUGCUGGCAUUUCUGCUUGUGUUGAUGUGAGCACGAAGCGUGUUUCUGGAUUGAUCGUUGGCUUCAUGUAUGUAUCUCUCUCUUUUACGUCUUCUAGCCCUUUAGGGGGAGAGUUAUGUUGCUCCACUUACGCUCCCCGGUUACGGAAGUGCCCCAGAACUAACCAUUACUCCACGAGACAGUGAGCCAAAGCCAGACCCGCGAGCAACGGGGAAAGCGACAAAAGGACGAGGGAAGUUCUGGUGCAGAGUAUAACUGUUAAUCAACAAGAAACAAAUAACGGACAAGCGAACGAGCACAAAUUCAUCAUAAUUCAUGGUGCAGAUGCAAAUGUUAGUACCCGGCAGCAGCAGCAGUAGCAGUAGCAGAAGCAGCAGCCAUGACUGACGCAUCGUUUCCCCCUUCCGGUGGAGCUCCACGAGCAGCAGCUGCUCUCACUACCUCAACUACUACUGCCGCUACUACUACCACUACCACCACCACCACCUCCUCCUCCUCCACUCCUUCAACUUACAACUACUACUCCAACAUCCCCAGUAUCUCCUCCAUCCCCCGUCGGUCUUCUUACGCUUCAGUGCUGUCGGGGACCGCCGCUCUCUCCCCUCCCACCUUUAGCAAUCAUCCUUUCUCGCCCUUCUCCCCCUCCCUCUCCACCUCCACCGCCUCGUAUCCCCCGCCGCCGCCUUUCUCUCCCGAAGCCCGCCUGCUGAGGCCAUCCGCCGCCGUGGAUGCCGAGAUGCAAAUGAACUCCUCAUGGAGGUCGUCGCCCGGCGAUUCGCUUCCUCCUUACUCUCGGAAGUUUGCCAACCUCGCCCGCUUUGACCCUUGCUAUCAUAACCCCGGUGCAUUCACCGACUCGCCCACAGCCUCCUUCACCCCCUCAUAUCUCCAAAACUCCCGCUAUGUCUCCCGCCUCGAUGCCGCCCGUCGGGCAAAGCAUGCAGCCCAGCGCGAUGGCGCCAUUCCCUCCUCCACCUCGAAUAACCUCUCCACCUCCUCCAGCCAGGCUAGCUUGCCCCGGAUUGCACCCUCUCAUCGGGGCAUGACCUAUGAUAUCAUCGAAAGAGAACCCCCCAGCGACGACGACCAUCUGCUACCACUCCCCUCCCGAUGGAGCGACGACGAUAAAUUCACCGGCCUGGAGCUUGGGAACGGAGGGUUGGAAGUCCGAUACACUGGUCCGGUCAACAAGCAUGAACAUGAGGCUGCUGCCGUUCGGGCAGAUAAUCCCAUGCCCCCGCAGUGCGGGAUCUACUACUUUGAGAUCACCAUCUUAUCCAAACCCAAAGAGGGAAUGAUCGGAAUCGGAUUUUCGAGCAAGAAAGCCUCAGUAGAACGACUGCCCGGAUGGGAACAGGAAUCAUGGGCUUACCAUGGCGAUGAUGGGAAGUCCUUCUUCGGAGAAAGUCAGGGGCAGGGACGACAGUACGGUCCGACGUUUGGGGCUAAUGACACUGUGGGAUGUGGUGUAAAUUUCUCCACGGGAUGUGCUUUCUUCACCAAAAAUGGCGUGUUCUUAGGAAAUGCAUUCCGGGAACUACGAAAUCUAAAGGUCUACCCGUCGGUGGGCAUGAAGAAGCAACCGCCCGUCCACUUGGUAGUGAACUUUGGGCAGCAGCCCUUCAUGUUUGAUAUCGAUGACAUGGUCAAGAAAGAAAAGUCGUUGAUCCAUUCGGAGAUUGCUCUGACCAGCACGGCCAAUCUGCAACCCCCGUUGGAUGAAUCGGGCCUGCUGCAGGAGUUGGUGGCGCAGUUUCUUGCUCAUGACGGCUAUGUCGAGACCGCCCGCGCGUUUGCCGAAGAGGUAGCGGCAGAGUCGACGGCGUUGGAGAACGGUCGACAGGCACCGUUGAAGAAGUACGAGGUGGAGGAAGAUGUCGAAGCCAUCAACCGGCAAAAGAUCCGCGCGGCUAUCUUGGAAGGCGAUAUCGACAAGGCACUCAAGUAUACUAAUGCCUACUACGCGAACGUAUUGCAGACCUACCCGCAGAUUCACUUCAAGCUACGAUGCCGCAAAUUCCUGGAGAUGAUGCGUCGGUGCAACGAGUCGUCGCCGUCGCCGUCGAAGCGCGGCAAGUCGUCAAAUGGACUGUCUGACAGCAGCGCAGUGUUUGACCAGGAAAUGGAGUUGGACGAGCAGCUACAUGAAGGCGAUGGUUACGAGGCGGACGGCAUGGACAUGGAGGAAACGGAGAGCACAGCGCGAUCGAACGAGCUACUUACGGAGGCGGUGCAGUACGGGCAGCAAUUGUUCCUGGACUAUCCACCAGAGGAGCGGGGUGGGGAUCGGAAGAUGCUGGACGACAUCUUUUCCCUAGUGGCCUACCAAGACGCGCGACGGUCAGUGCAUGGCCACUACCUGGACCCUGCGGGACGAAUUGCCGUGGCGGAAGAGUUGAACUCGGCCAUUCUCGCAGUGUCGCUGGGUAAAUCCUCAUCGGCCGCGCUGGAGCGACUUUACCAACAGACCGAAGUGCUGGUGAACGAGAUUAGCGAGGAGGGUGGCGCCGGGGCGUUUAUUAAUGUGCCCGCUAAUCAUUUGCCCUGCAUUCCCUCCCACGCGGCCACCAGUUCCUCUUCUGCUUCUCCCCGUUGCUGCUGUGGCCGCGAUGACUGCGCAUUCCUGCUCCAUAACCAUGUCGCCUUGGAGGGGCUCGAAAAGGAUUUGGCAACUGCCGCGAGGCUGGGCCAGGCUCUACUCCACCGUCAUGAAUCCUACAUGGCCGAGGCGGAAGAGGACCGCCAUCGGUUACUCGUCAGCAUUGAGAAUUUAGAACGCGAAAAGCGGGAAGUCCAGGCUGAGAAUGCCCGCAUCAUUGAAGAGAAUCGCGGUCUGCUAGAACAGCUCGAUGGCCUCAACAAGGCCGUUGCCGAGUCUGACUCCCACUCCAAGUCGCUAGAAACCCGCCUCGAGAGCACCGAGGCGGAGCUGCGCAAACUCACGCACUCAGCGGCUCGCGCCGCCGAUCUCGAAGCGCAACUGGCGCAAAUGGAAGCGGAACAAUCCAAGCUGCAGGAGAGCCUGCAGUCCGCACAGGAGGACUCCAAGUCGGCCGUCCAGCGAUGGCGCCAAGCUGAAUGUACCUUGCGGGACCUGCACGAUCAGGUGGAUCGCAUCGAGAAGGAAGCCCGCGAGGAACGGGACCGACAUGCGGAGCUGGUUCAACGUAUGGAACGGCGGCGGACCGUGGAACGGGAGCUUGAUGGCGCCGCUGGUCGACUGAAGGGCGCCGCAGCGGCCCAGGAGUUGGGCCGUAAUCGCGGCGGCGCAACGGUGGUAUCCCGCUUCGUCCGAGAUAUCCUACAAGACAACGCCAACCUACAGAUGGGGAUCAUGGAGUUGCGGGAGAUGCUAGAAAGCUCCAACCAGGAAGUCGAGAAUUUGCGGGAUCAGGUUCUGUCGCACCAGCCGUUGGGGCCCGAAGACCAGGAGUUCCGGCUGUCCACGACCCUCAGUCAGGAACUCGAGUCGAAGGAGUCGCGCCGGGUGUCGCAGGAAUUCCACAUCCAUCACCACUAUCACUCACCAGCCAUCAAGAAGGAGCGGGGGUCACUCUUCCGUCGCAACAAGAAGAGACGCUCCCUUGGCAGUGCGACGGUGCUACAAGGAACACCCCUCCCUCACAGGCCGAAUCACCGGUCCAAACCAUCGACUUCCUCCGCUUCCACGAUUCUUUCGCAAACCUCCGUCUCUAUUCCCCCGACGGUUCCUCACCGUUGGUCUGUGCAGUCCCCUGCGACGGAAUCGAUGGCCAGCUCCCCGCAGUCGGCUUACCAGCCGUCUUCCAUCUUUGACCGGGUAGACCGCGGGUUCGACUCCUCCCAACCGACAAGCCCUGACAGCACGGUCUUCUCUUCGCCGCUGCGAAACGGCCGGUUCAAAAAGGCGCAGAUCGAUGCGGCAUAUCGCUCGCUGGAUGGCGAUGGAGUGUCAAUACCGGGCAUUGACGACGAACUGGUUCAUGACUAUUUCCAGCGUCGCAGCAGCGCCGAAUACGCGGGCAGAGCCCCGAUGCAGUCCGUCAUUCCAGAGGAGAGGGAAGAUGGGCGAUCGACAAACUAUCCCGAAUCCGAGCGGGCUGCCUCUCCUGCCGUUCAGGAGGGCAUGUUCUCCACACCCUAUCGCGGCCCUCGCCGCAGCGCCUCCCAUGAAAGUCUCUUUUCCGUGGCUGGCAUGGACAUCCACACGCCCAGCCGUCGUCCCUCGCGACUGAGCGACCUCCACUCCAGUGCUGUCCCGGUCCGCAUCCCCCGCCGGAUCAUGUCCUCCAGAGCCGACUUGUUCCCCACGCCUCCCGUCAUCUCUCCCAGUAUCGUCACAGCGGGCAGCGAGCUGGCGAUGAUAACCGACCAAAGCCCGCAAACACUCCUUGCCUCAGUGGCAGGCAGUCGCAGUCAAACCCCGGUUGAGAACGACCCCGAAGACACCACCACCUCAUCCCGCAAAUUCUCCUUGGGCCGACGCGUGGGCGGCUGGGUCCGCGGACACUGGGGCACGGCGCCCACCUCGUCCAACGAACCCAACGCCGAGGAGACAUCUGCUACAGCUUCUGCUCCUACUUCCAACACACCCAGCCGGAGGCCCUCAUCCGCCGGCUCUACCUCUAGAAAGAGCCGACACCAUCGGCCUCAGCUGGCCCCUCCUUUGCGCUUCCGCUACCCGGGCGUGAACCAGAAGGGACCGAUCCUGGGAUUCCGACCUCCGUCGCGAUCACGAGUGCCGGUGUCGGUGCAUGCAGAGCAAGUGGACGAGGGGCUACUCCGGGAGAGUCUGGCCGACUGCCAGUGAACCACCACUGGUAUAUUUUGUUAAUGUCGAGAGUAUCUUGUUGAUCAUGGUGCUGUCAUUCUAUUCAGUUACUACCUUAUAGUGUUGAUGAGCGUGGUUCCAGCAUACACUAUUGGGGUGUAUGCACACAUUCCCUUUGUGGUUCAUUACUUACUCUUUUAUUCACUCAAUCCUGUCUUGGAGUGAGGGCGUUCCUUAGAUAUAUUAUGAUACCCAUGAGCGAUGUCUAUAUUGCAUACACAUACAGAAAAUAUUUAUAUUACUAUCAUUAGAAGAGGGGGUAGUUAGUACCUUUUCUAAUGGAAUUAUAC